AUGGCUUUAGCAUUUCCAGCACCUGCACCUGACAAAUUCAAAUGCAAGUCACAAGGAAAGUUUGCUUUUAAUAGCUUAUAUAAACCUGGCAAUAUCAUGUUAGGUGCAAUAUUUGCUGUCAAUUUUAGGGCAAUACCACCAGAGCUGUCUUACAGAAGUAAACCUGAACAAUGGAAAUGUGACAGUUUUGACAUUGCAGUUUUCCAAAGAGCUCAAGCAAUGGUUUUUGCGAUCGAAGAAAUAAAUCAGGAUCAGACUCUUCUUCCUAACCUGACAUUGGGGUACAAACUGUAUGAUAACUGUGUGAAUCUCCAAGAGGCAAUGAGAGCAACAGCUUCGUUAAUUGGUGGAGAAGAUUACAUUUUUAACAAUUACCAAUGUCAUGGAGUCCCCCCUGUCAUUGCUAUUAUUGGAGAUCCCCUUUCAUUACAUUCUAUUUCUAUAUCAAGAAUACUGGCUCUGUUUGGAAUGCCUCUGAUCAGCUAUUGUGCAACCUGUUCCUGCUUAAGCAACAAGCAGGAAUUUCCUACUUUUUUCAGAACUAUUCCAAGUGACACUGUUCAGGUGAGAGGAAUGACAACAUUAAUGAAACAUUUUGGAUGGACUUGGGUAGGUGCAGUAGGAGCUGACGAUGACUAUGGGCUUAAUGCUCUGUUGAGUUUUAAAGAGGAAGUCGAAAAAUUUGGCUGUGUUGCUUUCUCAGAAACCAUCAAUAUCAACGACAGAACAAAAAUAUUUCAUAUAAUCAACAUUAUAAAACAAUCGUCAGCAAACAUCAUUGUUUUGUUUCUAACAAAAAUGGUUGUCACUGUGUUAAUGAAAGAGAUUGUUCACCAGAAUAUUACUGGCAGGCAGUGGAUAGCAAGUGAUCCAUGGAGUGCUUAUCCUGUUUUAGCCAGCAAUGAGAACUUCGCCUCAUUUGGUGGAACUAUAGGCUUCCUUGCAAGACGGGCAGAGAUGCCAGGAUUUGAACAAUUCCUUCUUCAAACAAAGCCUAGUUUAGACCCCAAUAAUAAUCUUUUGGCCCAGUUCUGGGAAGCACUAUUUCGAUGCAAAUUUUCAACAAAUGAUUCUAAAACAAAUGCUUCUGUUGUAGAAGAACGAGUGUGUACUGGAUCAGAGGACAUUAAGAGUACAAAGACAGAAUAUACUGAUGUAUCACAGAUUAGAGCUUCCUUUAAUGUCUAUAAAGCUGUGUAUGCCAUUGCACAUGCCUUACAUAAAUUAGCUUCUUGUGAAAAUGGAAAAGGGCCCUUCGGGAACAAUACCUGUGCAUAUACGUCAAGUGUACAACCAUGGCAGGUUUUCCAUUAUCUUAAAAAUAUGAGUUUUACAACUCGCUCAGGAGACAGAAUGGCAUUUGAUGAAAAUGGUGACACACUUCCAGUACUUGAUAUAAUAAACUGGCAGAAAGACAAAGAUGGCACCAUGAUAAGCAAAACUGUGGGUUUUUUUAAUGAUUCAGCUGCAGCUGGGCAGAAGCUUACGAUUAAUGAAAGCAAUAUAUUCUGGAAUUUUGAUUCAGGAAAGACCCCUAAAUCUAUCUGCACUGAAAGCUGUCAGCCUGGUACAAGAAUAGCAACAAGAAAAGGAGAGCCAGUCUGCUGUUUUGACUGUGUGCCUUGUGCUGAUGGGGAAAUUAGCAGUGGAAUAGGUGCCACUGAAUGUCUGAAGUGUCCACAGGAUUUCUGGUCAAAUGAUAAAAGAAGCCAAUGUGUGUUAAAGGAAAUCGAUUUUCUGUCAUUUGGUGAUGCUAUGGGAAUCACUUUAACUACAACUGCCUCCAUUGGAGUCUUUCUGUCCCUUGGUGUGCUGGGCAUAUUUGUCAAUUACAGAAAUACCCCAGUUGUGAAAGCUAACAACUCGGAACUCAGCUUUCUCUUGCUUGGGUCGCUAACACUGUGCUUCCUUUGCUCUUUGUGUUUCAUUGGACAACCAUCAGACUUAACUUGCAGGGUGAGGCAUGUUGCAUUUGGAAUAAGUUUUGUUCUCUGUAUAUCUUGCAUUCUAGUGAAAACAAUUGUUGUAAUAAUAGCUUUUAAAGCUACAUUACCGGGUAAUAACAUAAUGAAGUGGUUUGGGGUUACUCAGCAGAGAGGCACCAUUCUGUUUUUCACCAUUAUUCAAAUGAUCAUAUGUAUAAUAUGGCUGAACACGGCACCACCAUUUUCAUCCAGAAACACUAAAAAUCAAAAUGUGAAAAUUAUAUUUGAAUGCGAUGUCGGGUCAGUAACUGGAUUUAGCUGCCUUCUGGGAUAUAUUGGUCUUCUGUCAUGUGUCUGCUUCAUUUUAGCUUUCCUGGCAAGAAACCUCCCCGACACGUUUAAUGAAGCCAAGUUCAUCACUUUCAGCAUGCUCAUUUUCUGUGCAGUCUGGGUCACAUUCAUACCUGCUUAUGUCAGCUCUCCAGGAAAAUACACAGUGGCUGUAGAGGUGUUUGCUAUAUUGGCAUCCAGCUUUGGACUUCUUGUUGCAAUAUUUGCUCCGAAAUGUUAUAUAAUUUUGCUCAGACCCGACUUAAACACAAAGAAAGCCUUAUUGGGAAGAGAGCAGAAAAACAAAUAA